UCUAUCCAUGUAAUUUCUCACAAGAAACAUGUUUACUGUAAAGGUGAGUGAGGUUUAACGCCGCCUUGAACAGUAUUUGGGUUACAUCCUGGCGCGUAGAUUGAUGCGGCAUAGCAAAGCUCCAAAGGGCACAGGUCGAUGAAACUGAUCAACAGUCUGACAAGACCCCUGUCGGGGCGGAUCCUGCAUAGCAGGUAUCAGAUGACGAAGAGGUUAGUGAUGAUUUUGAAGGAGAAGAUGAUGAUGCUGAAGAUGAUGAAGAAGAUGAUGAUAUUGAGGAUGACGCUCAAGAUGGACCUCCAGCUAAAGCUGCUAAGUUGGAUAAGAAGUUAUACAAACCUCCUACAGCUAACGAGCUGAACACUCUGAAGGAAGCAGAGAGCCUGUUUCAGUCUAACCUGUUCAAACUGCAGAUAACAGAGUUGUUGACGGAAGUGACCUUGAAAGAGAAGCGCCAUCGGCAGAUAGAGAUGGCAGUGGAGAAGCUGAAAGAGUCGUUGAUGUCUCUACCUAGUGGCUCCAAACAUGAGAUCAGUGAUCAAAAAUGGUUGAAAAAGUCCAAGGUGAAAGUCCCCCUCAUGCAGAUUCCAAAAAUAACCAAAGGGGAAUUCCACUUUUUAGCUCCUUGCAGUGUAAAAUGUGUUGGGAGCUUUGCCCUUGGAACCUGCAUCAAGCCAGAUGUUCAUGUGGAUAUCAUAGCAGAGAUGCCAAAGGAAUGUCUCCAAGCAAAGGACUUUCUGAACCAGCGCUACUUGCGGAAACGAGCCCUCUACUUGGCAGCCAUUGCCAGUCAUUUACAGACCAGUCAGCUUGUCCAAGACCUGAAAUAUAGCCAUCACCACGGCAACCACCUCAAGCCCAUUCUCAUCAUUCAUAUUAAAGGGGACAGUGGGAAGCCUGUAGAAGUCCAUCUACACAUCAGCUUGCCGUCUGGCGCCUUCAAACCAAGCCGCUUCAGCAUCAGCCAGAGCAAUGUGAGGAAGUCGUGGUUCCAGCAGACGGAGGAGGAGGCUGAGACGGAAGGCAGUGACUUGGCACCGACCCCGGUGUACAACACCAGCGUCCUACAGGAUAUGAUGUAUGAAGCUCACACCGAGUGUCUGCGACAAGCCCAGAAUGACACACUCGGCGUGAGGGAGGGUGUCAUGUUGCUCAAAGUCUGGCUGAGACAGAGGGAACUGGACAAGGGCUAUGGGUGUUUCAGCAGUUUCGUCAUGGCGAUGUAUGUGGCACACCUCCUGGACUGCCGCAAGCUGCACCGGAUGAUGAGCAGCUACCAGGUGAUGCGGAACACCCUUGUCAGUCUCGCCAGCACAGACUGGGCCACCAGCCCUCCCUCUAUGUGUAGAGACAAGUCAGACCUGCUUCGGCCAUCCCUGCACACCUUCCAGGAACACUGCGACAUCGUCUUUCUGGACCCCAGCGGCUACCUCAACCUCUGCUGCAACAUCACGCAAGCCGUCUACAGAAGGGUGCGACAUGAGGCAGACCUGGCCAUCAAGUGUUUAGAAGGCACGGAGGCCAACACCUUCGAGACACUUCUCCUCAAGCCUGUCUCUUUCAUUCGGAAAUUUGACCAGUGUUUUCAUAUUUCGGAGAUGGAAGAUGUGAAGAAAUCAGUGUCCAAACUGCAGCUUGAGGACAGCUUGAUGGACCACGGCGGCCAUUACGUCCAUACCUGUCUGCCGGCCCUCCUGAAGUUGAUGGGGCAGGCCCUGGGGAACAGGAUCCUCCUGCUGCAGCCCCAGCUGACGGCCUGCCCACAGUGGAGCAUUACAGAGAAGCCCCCGGGACCGGAGACUGUGGGAAGCUUGAUGUUUGGCUUGCUACUGAACCCACAGACGGCAAACAGCAUCAUCAACAAAGGUCCACCUGCUCAGGCACCAGAGGCUCGAGAGUUCCGUGAGCUGUGGGGGGACAAGUCGGAACUCCGGCGGUUCCAGGACUCCAGUAUCUGUGAGGCAGUUGUGUGGAUGACGUCCUCUCUUAUCAGCAAGAGAAGACACGUUUGCUCCAAAGUUGUCAAACACAUCCUCAACAGACAUGCAGAUAUCCCAUCAUGCAACAUUCAUUUCCUGAGUCAACAUCUUGACUCCCUUCUGCACCUGCCGAAACCAAAGGGAGACAACUCUGUGUAUGGCACAGGAGAAGAGGAGCAUAUGGCUAUAGUACAAUCCCUGGACCAGUUGAGUAAACUCCUCCAUCGCCUUGAUGACCUGCCGCUCAGUGUCAAGUCAGUCCAAGGAGUGGCACCCGUCUUCAGAUUUGCAGAGGUAUUUCCUGCUAUGCCUGCAAUACCAGCUAACAUUCAGACGACAAACGCAUCAACAGGAUCCGAGUUUCUCCCACACCCUGACAAACCAGCCCCUUUCUAUAUGCCCACGAUGACUGUUAUGUGCAAGUUGGAGGGGAGCGGCAAGUGGCCUGAUGACCUUGAGGCGAUGCGCCGGCUGAAGGCGGCGUACUUCCUCCAGCUCUCACAGGCGCUGAAGAAGAAGGAUCCUGCAUUCUUCGUCAAGAUUGCUCCUGCCCACCUUGAUGUUCUAAAGGAUGGGUAUGUGUUUCGUCUGAAGAUCGGCAACAUGCGUGAGAUUACUUUGUCCAAGAUGUACACCAGCCCUGACGGAACAACGCAGUCACAUGACACUGAAGAGUCUCGGAGACUUCAGAGGGAGUACAUUGCCCGCCCCAAACUGACCAGCACACUUCACGGAAUACAACAACAGAACAAUACCUUCAGUGGAGCCGUGAGGCUGGUCAAGAGGUGGAUCUCUAGCCACAUGAUGCUCGACUAUAUUGCAGAGGAAGCAGUUGAGCUGGUGGUAGCGCACUGCUACAUCAACCCUGCACCAUACACCGCACCAGGAUCCCCCAUAGUCGGCUUCCUCCGUUUCUUGAGCAUCUUGUCAACAUUUGACUGGAAGACCCAACCCCUUGUCGUCAACCUCAACAAUGAGUUCUCCAAGGACGACAUAUCUGACAUCCAAAAGAAGUUUGCAGAGGACAGGAGUAGUCUCCCCCUGAUGUGUCUCUGCACGCCACAUGACAGGCUGAUCGGCCACUGGACGAGGGAGCGCCCGACAGUGCCGAUACUUCAGAGAUUGGUGUUGCUGGCCCAGCAGUCAUUGCAGAUGUUGCAGCAACAGCUGCAGCACGACUACAUCAAUGCCGACUUCAAGACAAUCUUCCGACCACCGCUAGAUGCGUUUGACCUCGUCAUCUACCUGAAAACCAAACAUAUACCCCGACAGCACCAGGCAGUGGAUAUUGCCAUGGCAACAAAGAUUCCCACAAGAGAGUCUGAGAGUACUUGGAGGAGACUGAUGCCAGUUGUGGACUACGACCCAGUACAGUUCUACCUGGAGGAACUGAGGGGGGCCUUUGGUGACCUGGCACUGUUCUUCCAUGACAAGUAUGGCGGCUCUACUAUUGGAAUCGUGUGGAAGCCUAAAGCCAAAGAAACCAGACCUUUUAAGGUAUCUGACGUCGGAGGAUGUACCCUGGACAGCAGUGCCUCCAACGCGGACGAUAUUCUUCUCAAAGUGAACAUGGACGCCAUCAUUGCAGACUUUGAAGUUUUGGGGAAGGGACUUGUCACUCAUAUUAAGAAGAUGAAGAUGUAGAUAACAAGUCACCAACUAUUCCUAAAAUUGUGAACAUUGUAUUGUUUCAUUAAAAUCCUAUCCCGAUACAGAAUGACGUUUUCAUCCAAGCAAUCAGGGAAGGUAACAGUCAGACUGUGUUUGCUAAUCAUACGACCUAGAAAAGGUUGAUAUGGCGUUCAGAACAACAGUUAGGAGUCUGUGUUUUGUUGGGCUAGUUGUUUGUGGUUGAUAGUUACACAGAUGACCUGGGUUUGACACAUCGUGUGAUCAUCGAUGGUGUGUUUCAUGUUUCUUGCUUGACCAUAAGUACACAUGAAGCAAAUGAAACUGAGAUUCACUGAGUAAUCUUUGACUUAUGUACACUUUGUUAGAAAUUAUUGGAAAAUGUCACAAAAUGCACUAACAAAUCUGAACUAUUUAUGGAUUUAUGUAUUGUGUGAUAAAAUGUAUCAUGAUAUAUUAUGUCAACACUAUUGUUUGUUAAGAAUGAGUCAAGAAAAUUAAACAUUUUAUCUACCCAAAUGAUUUUCGUU